AUGUCAUCAUCGAUGGUAAGGACAGUCCCGGCAAUAAUAUGCGACUGCAGAAGAUUAGAGCUGCAGAAGACGCACCAGAAGUUGAUAGAGACGCUCAACGAGUUCUUGGAGUCGUUUCGCGAAAUGGAUGUCAACUGCGAUGACCGGCAGAAGCGACAGAAUAUUCUUGUCUUUCAAUUGAAUGAAUUGAAGAAACUUAAGACCCGUUUCGAUGAACGCAAAGUGUUCUUUGAUCUGAAGGACAGCCAAUUCGGUUGUCAGCGAUUCAUGAAGAGGCGGACAAUCGAUGGGAACAACAGGAGAGUGAAUAGAGGACUGAAUACGAGUGUGGAUGUGAUGACCGAAAAGCCGAUGCAUUCGUACAGAAAUAUACUGAAAGACAAGUCGACACAAGCGUUGGCCGAAAGGGAGAGACUUCUGAAGGAUUUGACGGCAUUUACGGCUCAACUCAAGAAAGAUCUCAAUCUGUCGAUACUUUUGACGGAAAGUGUCUACGAUUUCGAGACCGUAGAAGUCGUUGAUAAUCAGACAAAGAGUUGAGGUUUUUGUAGACAUUUCUUAUCAGACUUUCAUUUCAUUAAUAACUCAUUUCUCAAACAAACAUUUAUUUACUCUAUUCAUUAAAAUCUAUUCAUUAAACACUUGAAAAUACUUUUAUAUAUUAC